CGGAAGUACAGCUGUGGUUGCUGCUUGCGGCGGAGGGCGGAACACGGGGUUUGUAUGAGAUUAUCUUGCUGACACAGUGCAGGGAUCACACUACCUUGCUCUGCGUUUGGUCCGCUGCCGCAAACAGAGUUUUGUACUGACACAUAGAAGAGGAUGUCUGUGACGGCAAAUAAUCCUUUUCAGCGUUUAGUUGAGCCUCUGGACCCCAAGGACCCAAAGCAACAGUUUUACAAUCUUUCCAAACUUGGAGAUCCCAGAUAUGACCGUCUGCCCUUCUCCAUCCGGGUCCUCCUGGAGUCUGCUGUCAGGAACUGUGAUGAGUUUCUGGUGAAGGGCUCAGAUGUGGAAAGCAUCCUCAACUGGAAGCAGACCCAGACUGAAACAGUGGAGGUACCAUUCCGACCAGCCCGGGUCAUUCUGCAGGACUUCACUGGUGUCCCUGCUGUGGUGGACUUCGCUGCCAUGCGGGAUGCGGUGAUGCAACUAGGCGGUGACCCAGAGAAGAUCAAUCCCGUUUGCCCUGCUGACCUCGUCAUCGAUCAUUCCAUCCAAGUGGACUUUAACAGGAAGUCUGAUAGCCUUCAGAAAAACCAGGACUUGGAGUUUGACCGCAACAGAGAGAGAUUUCAGUUCUUAAAGUGGGGCUCUAAAGCCUUCAGGAACAUGCGAAUCAUUCCUCCUGGAUCAGGGAUCGUUCACCAGGUCAACCUAGAGUACUUGGCUAGAGUGGUGUUUAACUAUGACGGGUACGUCUACCCCGAUAGCCUGGUGGGCACAGACUCCCACACCACCAUGAUCGAUGGACUGGGAGUCCUGGGCUGGGGUGUCGGUGGAAUUGAAGCCGAGGCUGUCAUGCUGGGUCAGCCAAUAAGCAUGGUACUGCCUGAGGUGGUGGGAUAUAAGCUGAGCGGUACCCCAGACACACUCAUUACCUCCACUGACAUUGUCCUCACUGUUACUAAGCACCUCCGUCAGGUGGGUGUUGUGGGAAAGUUUGUGGAGUUUUUUGGCCCCGGUGUUGCUCAGCUGUCCAUCGCUGACCGAGCCACCAUCGCCAACAUGUGUCCAGAGUACGGCGCCACAGCAGCUUUCUUCCCCGUGGACGACGUCAGCAUUAAGUACCUCGAGCAGACCGGGCGAGAAGCAGAACAGCUGGCCUACAUUACAAAGUACCUGAAGGCAGUGGCCAUGUUUAGAGACUACAACGAUGUCUCUCAGGACCCAGAUUUCACUCAGGUUGUAGAGCUGGAUCUGACUACGGUGGUUCCAUGCUGCAGCGGUCCCAAAAGACCUCAGGACAGAAUUGCUGUGUCCGACAUGAAAAAGGACUUUGAAACCUGCCUGGGAGCAAAGCAAGGUUUCAAGGGUUUCCAAGUGGCUCCUGAACGUCACAGCAUCACAGUCCCCUUCCAGUUUAAUGGAAAAGAGUAUACGUUAAGCCACGGCUCAGUGGUCAUCGCUGCUAUCACCAGCUGCACCAACACCAGCAACCCAUCUGUCAUGCUUGGAGCAGGACUCCUUGCAAAAAAAGCAAUUGAGUGUGGCUUGAGCGUGAAGCCGUACAUAAAGACCAGCCUGUCACCUGGCAGUGGAGUGGUCACCUACUACCUGAAGGAGAGUGGCGUGAUGGAUUUCCUCUCUCAGCUGGGCUUUGAGGUUGUUGGCUAUGGUUGCAUGACCUGUAUAGGCAACAGUGGGCCGCUCCCAGAGCCGGUGGUGGAGGCCAUAACCCAGGGAGAUCUGGUUGCUGCAGGGGUCCUAUCAGGAAACAGAAACUUUGAAGGAAGAGUCCACCCCAACACCAGAGCAAACUACCUGGCUUCUCCACCUCUCGUCAUUGCUUAUGCCAUAGCCGGCACUGUGAGGAUAGACUUCGAGAAAGAACCCAUUGCCAUUAACUCUGAAGGCAAAGAGAUUUUCCUGAGGGAUAUCUGGCCCACACGGCAGGAGAUCCAGGAAGUGGAGAGAACGUAUGUCAUCCCAUCAAUGUUCAAAGAAGUCUAUGAGAAGAUAGAGAAAGUGAAUGAACGCUGGAACUCUCUGGUUGCUCCCUCUGAUAAGCUGUAUACCUGGGACCCCAAAUCAACCUACAUCAAGUCACCACCAUUCUUCAAGGAUUUGACCAUGAAUCUGCAACCACCCAAAUCCAUAAUCGACGCCUACGUGCUGCUGAACUUGGGAGACUCGGUCACCACAGACCACAUUUCUCCUGCAGGGAACAUCGCCAGGAGCAGCUCUGCAGCACGCUACCUGACCAACAGAGGUUUGACCCACCGGGACUACAACUCAUACGGCUCACGACGAGGCAACGACGCCGUCAUGGCUAGAGGCACGUUCGCCAACAUCCGCCUCUUUAACAAGUUCCUCAACAAGCAGGCGCCACAAACCAUCCACCUGCCAACUGGAGAUACGCUGGACGUGUUUGAUGCUGCAGAGAGAUACCAGCUGUCCGGGGUCCCUCUGCUGGUUCUAGCAGGGAAGGAGUACGGCUCAGGCAGCUCCAGAGACUGGGCAGCAAAGGGCCCCUUUCUGCUGGGUAUUAAGGCAGUCAUAGCAGAGAGCUAUGAGCGGAUUCACCGCAGUAACCUGGUUGGGAUGGGAGUGAUUCCUCUGGAGUAUCUUCCAGGAGACACUGCAGACAGCCUGGGACUGACCGGCCGAGAGCGCUACACCAUCAUCAUCCCCACGCAGCUCACACCCCGGAUGAUAGUGGACGUGAAGCUCGACACGGGAAAAACAUUCCAAGUGCGGAUGAGGUUCGACACCGACGUGGAGCUGGCGUAUUUCCACCACGGAGGCAUCCUCAACUACAUGAUCCGCAAGAUGUCCAAACACUAACAGCAACACACCAAGCGCAGCGCAGGGAGAGAGCAACACGUGUAAUUUUUCUUAUUCUCAGCACCAGUCCAACAUGGCAUCAAUAGCGAGUUCAUGUAAUGGUGACAGAGGAAUACCGUCCAAAAACUAAUUAUCCAUGUUUGGUGCCAAGAAACAUAGUGUCUAUAGUGUCUAUUACAGUAUUCUCAUUUUUGAGAAUGAUGCUACGUUGUAAUUCCAGAGCAGACCUGAAUGUAAAUGAGAUGUGAAUAUUUAGUUUGUAAGAUGAUGUUUGAUUUAAAGAUAAAAAGAAGUCUGCUUAAGCUACUAACACCUCCCAUAUUUAAUUUUUCUAAGAUGAACCCAUUGCUGCCUGCUGUCUGUGGGGGUCUAUCAGUUGCCAUAAUUUACAUUUAACACAACAUUUGAUUGCUAAUAUCUAGAGCUGGGUUUAACAAUGUGCAUCUUGAUGGUACCAUCUGCUUUGGUAUGACAGUAUUAAGAAGGUAAUCCUGUCGGCCUCAAGCAAGGAUCCCCCCCAAAACUUGUUUGUGAAUGGAAUAACAAUAGAGGGAGAUCAGCGGAGCAGAUUCUAUGACAGGAAAUGAAACGUUCCAAAGUGUCAUCAUGUUUACAGAAGUUACUCUGUUCCACCGAUCAACAGGUGGCAGCAAUGUGCCAACAAAGAGGUUAGAAAACACUGAUGAAACACAGAAUUUAUCAGAAACCACAAGAGUAGAAUAUUCUGGCUACUCCUGCAGCUAUAGGACAGUAAUGGUUACAUUGCACAUUUCAACCCACUGCAGUUGCUUUCAGUAGAUCCACCUCUGUGGUGGCUUCAGGUUCUUUUAUUCACAACCAAAUAUUAAUUUAUAUUCAUGUGUUCUCUCCAUCUUUUCUGCCUCCGGGCUCUGAUGACUGCCCAUUGGUUCUUCAGAAGAUUCCAAACUUAAAUUGUUAGUCUGCCUUUGUCCCUGUGUCAAAUUAAUGUUUUUGACUGCCUUGAUAACUAACUAUGUGAUAUUCGUUAAAAAGGUGUUUGUCUUUUGUCUUAAAAUUCUGAUCAUUGACAAAACCAUGUUAUGCUUUAACUGUCCCAUGUUCAUUACACUCAGAAGAAUAGAAUAAAAUAUCUUUGUGGAAA